CCGCAGCUGCUUCCGGGUCGGGGCGGCGCCUUCCGGCGGGGAGCGGUCCGUCUGAGGCCGGCGGCGCUGCAUGCCCUGGCAUGGCGGCCGCGGCGGUGGUGGGGCUGGCGCUGCUGGCCUGCUGCGGACCGCUGCGGGGGGGCCGCGGGGGGGAGGCCCCAGCGGCACCUGGGGAGGAUGACAGCAUGGUGCGGCUGCCAGGUGGGACCUUUCAGAUGGGAUCUGGCUCCCCAGAGAAGAGGAAUGAAGAGGGGCCCGUCAGGGAGGUGACGGUGAAGCCAUUUGCUGUUGACAAAUACCCUGUCACCAACAGAGAUUUCAGGGAGUUUGUUAGAGAAAAGAAAUACAAAACAGAAGCCGAAGCGUUUGGCUGGAGUUUUGUCUUUGAGGAUUUCGUGUCUGAAGAGCUGAAAAAAAAAGUCACCCGAAAACUGGAGUCUGCCCCUUGGUGGCUGCCCAUUGAGAAGGCUUUUUGGCGACAGCCCGCAGGCCCUGGCUCCACCAUAAAGGACAGGCUGGAUUACCCCGUGCUGCACGUCAGCUGGAAUGACGCACGGGCGUUCUGCGCCUGGAAAGGGAAGAGGCUCCUGGCGGAGGAGGAGUGGGAGUUUGCUGCCAGGGGAGGACUGGAGCAAAGGAUGUAUCCCUGGGGAAACAAGUUUCAGGCAAACCGUACAAAUCUGUGGCAGGGCAAUUUCCCAAGGGUUGACACAGCUGAAGACGGUUAUCACGGUGUCUCGCCAGUGGCAGCGUUCCCUCCUCAGAACAGCUAUGGGCUCUACGACCUGCUGGGCAACACCUGGGAGUGGACCGCAUCGGAGUACCUGACUCCGGGGCUGUCAUCAAGGCAGCACGCUCAGAACAUGCAGGUCCUGAGAGGUGCCUCGUGGAUUGACACUGCAGACGGGUCUGCAAAUCAUAAAGCUUGUGUUACAACCAGAAUGGGGAACACGCCAGACUCGGCAUCCGACAACCUCAGCUUCCGCUGCGCUGUCGACAUCCCGCCUGCCACAGCCGAAAAAAGCCGGACCAAACCCGAGCUGUGAGCAGCUCACAUGAGAGGACCUGAAGGCAUUUUCUCCUGUGGAGAUGAACCCCCAGCAGUCACUGUCAUUAAAGCCAGACAGUUUUUUAAAUUAAAAUACUUUCAGCUAAAA